ACAAAACAGAGCAGCUGAGUCAAAAUUUAAUACACAAAAGACUGCAAAUUAUUGAUACUUAGCUUUCAACAUCAAGUUGUGGUAAACAAAACCUAAAACGCAUGCAAUUAAUCAGCGUAUAUAUCAAUUGCGUGCUGUGCGCGUCUGAAUAAAGGACGGGAAGCCAAUUUGCGUUUUAACGCUACAAGCAACAGCAACAGCAACAACAAUAGCCAAGGGUGAACAACAAAAGACAGACGUAAAGUGCAAUAUUUCUGGAGCUCUGUGUGUUUAACGAGGCUCAGCAGGCAUAAUGGUAGAACCAAUUUUUGAUUAUCAAUUCCGUUUGAUACUCAUUGGAGACAGCACAGUGGGCAAGAGUUCGUUGCUCAAAUUCUUCACAGAUGGAAAAUUUGCCGAGCUUUCGGAUCCCACAGUGGGCGUGGACUUCUUUGCGCGUUUGAUAGAAAUGAAGGAUGGCACACACAUUAAACUGCAACUCUGGGACACUGCCGGUCAGGAGCGUUUCCGUUCAAUUACAAAAUCCUACUAUCGCAAUUCAGUUGGAGUACUGCUCGUCUAUGAUAUCUCCAAUCAUGCCAGUUUUGAGCACAUACCAUUGUGGAUGAUGGAGGCACAGCGUCACAUUGAGCCGCAUCGUCCGGUGUUUGCGUUAGUUGGCUGCAAGCUUGAUUUGGUCAAUGCUGGCGGCCAUCGUGAGGUGUCCACCGAGGAGGCACAAACAUUUGCCAAACAGCACGGCUUGCAUUUCGUUGAGACUUCCGCGCGUACCGGUGCCAAUGUGGAGGAGGCAUUCCGCAUGGUUACACAGCAGGUAUACGAACGCAUAAAGUCGGGUGAAUACAAGGCCGAGGAUGGCUGGGAUGGCAUCAAGUCUGGCUUUGCGCGGCCCAAUAGUCUCGACUUUAAUCUCGUUGUUGCUGAGCCAGAGAAAUCAUCAUGCUGUUGAUUUGUUUAAUCAUAACCCCCCACCCUCCCAUACCCCUAUAUGACUGUAGAGUUGAUUCUUGUAUUGUUGUACUUUUUAUUUCUUUCUUUCCCACUUGAAAUACUUAAUCAUCUACAUAUAUAUAUUCUUGCAUU